AUGCGGUAAAAGCUAGAACUGCCACCUUCAUAAUUCACAAGAGUAUUAGAAGGGGAAGCAGGAAUACCAAAACCAGAAUUUCCAGAUUGCUAUUAGAGCCUUCUCAAUAAAAGUAGUUUUAGCUUUCUUGCAGAGUUGAUUUCCUGGUCUUGUCUAUCAGGUGGAAUUGACACCUCUGCAGCUGCUGUCCACACAACACACUUAACCAGGGCAGCUAAAGAUCUAGCAGGCGACCCAGAAUGCGAAAUUGGCUUUUCUGGCUUAAUAUUUUGAGUAACGCCCACCUGUAUGUUAAUGGUCCAGCAAACUGUAUUUCAAAAAGAAAAAAAAGAUUAAUUCAGCUACGUGGUUUGUAUGAACUCGACCAGUGUUUCGGCUUUCUACAGCGUCAGGCAGACGGCGGUCAACUUCCAGACGGGAAAGUUUCACCCAAGCUCCUGUCCGCGGGGUGGAUCCCAGCAUAGCUCCUCUCGGCCUGUGAUCUGGUUUGGAUACACUGGAAUUUUUCAUGAAGUACUUUUCUGAUGGCAGUCCUAAGUAAAGUAGCUGUAAAGGAACUGGGCACAUGAGUAUUCCUGAUGAAUGUGAUUUGAGUUCUGUAAUAGACAUCUAUUCUUAACAAUAGUAGUACAGAAAGUGUAACCACCUGCAGAUCUAAACUGGAGUGAUGACCCAGAAGAAUUCCUACAUGUAGAUGUGCAUCUUUUCCAUGGAAUUUGAUUAGAGGUGACACAGCCUCCUCACAACUCAACGUAAAAGAUGAGUGAUGGGGUGUGGAUCAUGCUUAGUCCAGCAGAAUUUGCUCAGCUGCAGCAAUAUUCUGAAUAUUCUACCAAGAAAUUGAGAGAUGUUUUGGAAGAGUUUCAUGGGGAUGGUAUUCUGUCAAAAUAUAAUCCAGAACAAAAGCAAGACACUUUGAACCAACCUAUUGACUAUGAGGGAUUCCAGCUGUUUAUGAGAACAUAUCUGGAGGUGGAUAUUCCAGAAGAGCUCUGUGAGCACCUCUUCAUGUCCUUCAAAAGAAAAGUUGGCCAAUGUUCUCUCGAGAACCAGCAGCAAAAUUCCAGUAUUUCACAGCUGAGCAACCUUGAAUCCAAGACUCUUGAUACAGGUAUAUCCAUCCAGACAGAAGUUGCUUGUGCUCCUGUUACAGGGAUCAAUGGGAAAACUCUUCUAAGUGCCAUGGGAAAGCAUACACCCGAAUCCAAACGCCUCCAGACAAAUCUAGCAGAGGCACAAUCAGCAUCUCUCAGUCCUGUUCCAACAUCCAACAUCAAUGUUCUUGGGAAUGCCUCACCUAACUGGUCCAGAUCAUCAUCACAAAAAUCCACUGCUGGUAACCCUUCUGCUCACAACUCCUCAGGGUCCUCCAAGAUUUCCUCAGGUUCUCUGCUUACCCCACAGUCUCCAGGUUCCAAAAGUUUGGACAAGAAACUUCCUUUCAAUCUCCGAAAGAGUAACAUCUCCCUAAAAACAGCCAGUCCACAUCAACCAGCCCCUUUGGCUCAGGUAGUCUACCUGAAGGACAUUGUCUGCUACCUGUCACUGCUGGAAAGGGGACGGGCUGAGGAUAAGCUGGAGUUUAUGUUUCGCCUCUAUGAUACAGAUGGAAAUGGCUUCCUGGACAGCUCGGAGCUGGAUCGUAUUAUCAAUCAAAUGGUACAUGUAGCAGAAUAUCUGGAAUGGGACUCCACAGAAUUAAGGCCUAUUUUGAAAGAGAUGAUGGAAGAAAUAGACUAUGAUCAUGAUGGAACUGUGACACUUGAAGAAUGGAUUCGGGGUGGUAUGACUACCAUCCCUCUGCUUGUUCUCCUAGGCAUGGAAACCAAUAUAAAGGAUGAUGGCCAACAUGCUUGGAGACUGAAACAUUUCAAGAAGCCUGCCUACUGCAACUUUUGCCGUACUAUGUUACUGGGAGUUAGGAAGCAAGGCUUGUGCUGUUCCUUUUGUAAAUAUACUGUCCAUGAAAGAUGUGUGUCCAAAGAUAUUGCUCCUUGCAUCAAUACUUAUGUAAAAUCCAAGAGAAAUACAAAUGUUAUGCAGCACACAUGGAUUGAGGGCAAUUCCCCAGCCAAGUGUGAUCGAUGUCAUAAAAGCAUCAAAUGCUACCAGGGAAUUACCGGACUACAUUGUGCAUGGUGCCAAAUCACACUUCACAACAAAUGUGCCUCACAUGUGAAACCUGAAUGUGAUGGUGGGCAUCUAAAAGACCACAUCUUGCUGCCUUCCCAGAUCUGCCCAGUUGUUCUGGAUAGGCAAUCCCACUCACGAAGAUCAGAGAGUGAAUCACCAUCCAGUACCACCCCCGAGGAUACAAACAUGAUCUUCAAAUACAAUACUACCACAGUGGAUGGACAUGGACUGCAGAUCAUGCCUAAGCCAGGAACCCACCCAUUGCUGGUAUUUGUGAACCCCAAGAGUGGAGGAAGGCAAGGAGAAAGGGUACAUAGGAAAUUCCAUUACAUACUCAAUCCCAGACAAGUUUACAAUCUGGAUCGUGGAGGACCUAAUCCUGGAUUAAAUUUUUUCUGUGAUACCCCAGACUUUCGUAUUUUGGCUUGUGGAGGGGAUGGGACAGUUGGAUGGAUCCUGGACUGCAUAGAUAAAAUGAACUUAGCAAAGCACCCUCCUGUGGCCAUCCUGCCAUUGGGAACAGGGAAUGAUCUUGCCCGCUGCCUCCGAUGGGGAGGAGGCUAUGAAGGAGGCAACCUAAUAAAAAUACUUAAAGAUAUUGAGCACAGUACUGAGGUAAUGCUGGACCGAUGGCAAAUUGAUGUCAUUCCCAAUGACAAAGAGGAGAAUGGAGAUCCAGUCCCAUUCAGCAUCAUCAACAACUAUUUCUCCAUAGGAGUAGAUGCAUCCAUUGCACAUAGAUUCCAUUUGAUGAGGGAAAAGCAUCCUGAAAAAUUCAGUAGCAGAAUGAAGAAUAAAUUGUGGUAUUUUGAAUUCGGCACAACAGAAACAUUUUCAGCCACUUGCAAGAAACUUCAUGACUAUGUAGAGAUUGAGUGUGAUGGAACAGUUUUGGAUCUGACUAGCACUUCAUUGGAAGGAAUUGCCGUCCUCAACAUUCCCAGCAUGUAUGGUGGCUCCAAUCUCUGGGGGGAAACCAAGAAACAGCGCAGCUAUAACCGCAUAAGCAAGAAAAUACCUGAAAAGUUGCAAUCCUCAGUGGUUACUGAUGCCAAGGAGCUCAAGUUUUGUGUCCAAGAUCUUAGUGAUCAGCUCUUGGAAGUUGUUGGCCUUGAAGGGGCAAUGGAAAUGGGACAGAUCUAUACUGGACUGAAAAGUGCUGGAAAGAGAUUGGCCCAGUGUUCCUCUGUUGCCAUCAGAACAACCAAACUAUUGCCCAUGCAAGUGGAUGGAGAGCCUUGGAUGCAACCACCUUGUACAAUUAAAAUAACCCACAAAAGCCAAGUGCCAGUGUUGUUAGGACCUCCCCAAAAGAGCAGCUUUUUCUUCCUGAGGAGAAGAAACCGAACUCGAGAUUAAUUUUCAAUCAAGCAAAGAACAACCUUCAGAAGCAGCAGUUCUCCAUUCCAGUGGCAAUCACCCAGCGAAGGUCUGCAGGAAAAAAAUCUUUAUCCCUCCAGAUUCCUGGCUUCUGAAUCUGCUUUGGAAACAUCAGUCUGGAGGCAGCAUUAUGAACUCUUAGUAGAAAAUAACAGGGUUGACAUUCGGCAGUCAAACUGAAAUAGCAGUGUGGGUACAUAUAUCCAUGAAACAUAGCCACUUUUUCUAAAUAUUAUUGGCCGGGAUAGCAUUGACACUGAAGAUUCAGAAGGAUUUUUGCCCUCCAUAAUACCACAGCCCAAGAAGAGGAAGCUCUCAGUGCUCUGGUUGGCCUGUGGUAAAAUCUGAGACUCUUCUAAAGAGAGUUGUUCUGGGCAGCCUUGAAUUAUACAGUCCUGUCAGAAAGCAAACAAGCAGACAUGGAAACAUCAUGUCUGACAUUGCCUUCCAGAUGGAAUGAAGGAGAAUUUUCAUCUUAUUUAAAUUCUUUAGAAACCCCCCUCCAAAAAAAUAACUUUAAUAACUGUUAAAGCAUCAAAUUUGGCAAGGAACCAAAUUUAGCUUAUUUAUUUUUAAGAAAUUCUGUCAGCAGAUAAGUGUUAUUUUGUUUUACUACUGUUUGGGUCACCAAACUUGAUAAGACAUGCUAUUUAUUUUUCAAAGUUUAGAAAACACAGGGGGAGAUGAAAAGGGAACGGAAGAGAAAUGUUAUUUUUCUCCAACUCUAAAACAAGAAGGCUCCUUGCUAGUUCCAGGCAUAAGUUUUAGUUUUAAAAUAAAGUGGAAAUUGGUUAGCUGUUCCCUUUCAGAGGCACAGGAACAUACAAAAAAUUUUGCCACAAAGAAGCCAGAUUCAUUAGAGGAAAAAUAAAGAUUAAAAGUGAGAACAUCCUUUGGAAGGAAAAGGAAAACUCAGGUUGUAUUAAAUGUAUGAGUAUGUUGAUAACCUCCACGAAUUUAGGGAUACCUUCAGGUUUGAAACCAAUUCCAUUAUCCAGUUAAUGUUUUUAAAUUUUCUUUUCACAUACAGUAUAGGGUUACUACAACUUCAGAAAUAUUUUAUACACAUAUUUUAAAGCUUUUCUAUAGAAGUUUCAGUUAAGAUAGGGUUCCUUUUAAAUUUUAUCUCAUUAUGGGGCUGAUUUAAGUAACUGAAAAUACUAGAUGUCUAUAAAAGCCUGAAUAUAUGAUCAGAAUUUAAUGCAGAACUGUAUGCAUUAAAUUCUAGGGUAGGCAUUUAUAUGCCACUGAUAUUAUAAUAAAAUGUAAGCAAACUCAGAAGUCAAACUAAUUAGUUAAUUUUCAUCCCAUACUUUUGCAACAGAAAACUACCCAACCAGCAAUCCUAUAUACAUUUUUGGGAUUAAGUCCCAGAGUCUGUAGUACAGUGGACUAAGCACUGUUAUUAACAUCUGCUGCUUGCAAUUACUGCAAGUUCAAAUCUCACCAGGCUCAAGGUUGACUCAACCUUCCAUCCUUUCAAAGGUAGGUGAAAUGAGGACCCAGAUUGUGGGGGCAAUAAACUGACUUUGUAUAAAUAUACAAAAGUAUGAAGGCUAUUGCUUAACGCAUUGUAAGCCGCCCUGAGUCUCCAGAGAAGGACGGCAUAUAAAUUAAAAAAGCAAAAAGCAAUCAAUAGGAUUUAAUUUUGUAUAAGCACAUAUUAGAGUGCAGUGUGUAUAGUUCAUAGAUGCAAAAGACUAAAAUGGCAUAUUUUAGUUAGGAAAUAAAUACCUCAUGUUCUCUAGUUCUUCUUUAACAUUGUUCAAUCAGGUAAUAGUAUAACCUGACAGCCAACAUCAUGUCCCUCUUUAUUCUUUUUAGAUUCCAAUAUACAUGAUGUUUUCUAUAUAACAAAAAACUGCCAGGUUAUGAAAAACUAUUUAGAUCACAAUUGCCAAUCUAUGUGAUCACCAGAUUUUUUUUCAAGAGAAGCUAAGACAUGAAAAUAGAGAAAGGUUUGAUUCACUUGCAACAAUACCAUUCUUCAAAAAAGAUAAAUUGCUAACAAAUGGACACACAUGUUUAUUAUAACACCAGAAGGAAAAUGUUAAUCAAAAAACCACAGUUAAUAUAAGCUUCUUCUACAAGUGGUAGCUUUUCAGGAUUUUGAAUUGGUAAUUCUAGCUUAAAAACUCUGACUCCUUUAAAUACUUUUAAAUUCAGAUGAAGAAAAUUAUACUCACCGAUUCUCAUUGUUGCAUGGAAGUUUCUUUUACAUUCAGCCAGGACAAAAGAAUGUCAUCUCUGAGUUAGAAGUCUCUAAAGAGUAAAUGGCACAAAUCCAUUUAUUUACUUAACCGCUUAAAUAAGGAGGACAUACAGUAUGUUUUCUGUUAAUGGAGGUUUUUCUAAAUGAAGUCAUUUGAUUUUAUUUAGAGCUUGUCUGAACUAGGAAAUCUGGUGGAGACUUUGGCUUCUAUGACAGUAUAACUGUAUUUUUCAUAGACAUCCUGUAUUGCAGUUACGAUACCUAUGGUUUUGGAAAGGUUGCAACUGGGAUCCAUUCAGAUGUCUGACAGCACCAUGAAGGUUGUGAAAGAGGUACAAUGUAGAAGAAAUAAUGGAUAAGAUUUGCUUUUACAUUUGGAAAUUUAGUCUCAGGAAUUUUUGAAUCCUACUUAUGGAGUUUCAUCUAUGGGAUCCAUCUUAGAGAGGCACAAUUCUAUAGAGUAUGUACUAUUUAUUAUUACUGGAUCAGAAAAUACCUCAUUGACUAGUAUUCAUAAUUCUGCCUUCUUCUGUUCUUUUUUCCAUACUCCUUUCUGCUCUGCUUACCUGUUUGUAAGCAACUUUGCUUCCAAAUAUCUUCAUCUCUUUUUAUGUUUUGCUUGUUUUCAAUUUUGGUUCUUAACCAAUAUGAUCAAAAUAUCCAUGACGCAAGUACAACUUGUACUCUUUUCUUAAAUAUACUUUUCUUCUGCCGUUGA